UUUUGACACAGUGGUAGAACCCAGUAAAUGUUGUCACAUACCACAGUCAAUGAAGACUGCAGCUAAAGCUGUACAGUCGUACAUUCAGCAGUCGGCCAGACUCGGAUACAAUAAUCGCAAUCAUGAUGGAUUCUGGAAACUGGUAACGAUGCGGACAUCAUUGAGAAAUCAGACCAUGGUACUGGUGACUGUCAACACAGAAGGCCUAUCUGAGGAAGAAAUCGAGAAAGAAAAGAAAUCAUUACUAGCUUAUUAUGAAGAUGGAGCUGGCAAGGACGACAAGCCGUCAUCAUUGCUGAUACAAGCACAAGAAAAUAAGAUUGGAGUAAGUGGUGUCUAUGAUAUAGACUCCCCAAGUGAAGCAUUAUUUGGAGAUCCUUACAUCACUGAAGAUAUAUUGGGAAUAAAAUUCAGGAUUUCAGCAGAAGCAUUCUUUCAAGUUAAUUCUAUAGCAGCCGGUAUCCUGUAUACAGCCAUCAAAGAAAUAAGUGGAGUCAGUGAAAACACCACAGUACUUGAUAUUUGCUGCGGCACAGGAACUAUCGGGAUAUCACUGGCGAAGAAUGUGAAGAGAGUGAUUGGUGUGGAGAUGUGUAAACAAGCUGUAAAAGAUGCCGAACACAACGCAAAGGAAAAUGGAAUCACCAAUAUAAAAUUCUUAUGCGGCAAAGCUGAAGAUGUCCUCCAUAAAGCUAUAUAUGAUGUCUAUGGUAGCAAAGAAGUAGUUGGUAUAUUGGAUCCUCCAAGAGCUGGAUUACAUGCUAAGGUUAUCCGUGCCAUCAGAGGAUGUCAGUACAUUAACAAACUAGUGUAUGUGUCUUGCAGUCCACGGUCAGCUGAAUCUAACUUUGUAGACCUUUGCCGACAAACAUCGAAGAGAAUCAAAGGUGAAGCCUUCAGACCAACAUGUGCUAUACCAGUAGAUUUAUUUCCUCAUACUAAGCACUGUGAAUUAAUCGUGUUAUUUGAAAGAGACUCUGUGACGAUUUCACAUAACGAUAGCAAACCUAACGAAGAGACAAUAGUCCCUGAACAAAAUACCAGUCAUGAUAGUGGAGAACAUGAUAUCGAUGGGGUAUCAAAAACUGAACACGAUAGCGACAAGAUUCCCGAUAAGCAAUGUACGAGUGAUAUUGUAAUGAACACUGAAGAAAGUACCAGUCAUGGCAGUGGAGAGCCUCUUGAUACGCAAGGUACAAGUAAUAUCGAUGGGGUAUCACAUAGCGAGCAAAGUACCAGUCAUGGCAGUGGAGAGCCUCUUGAUACGCAAGGUACAAGUAAUAUCGAUGAGGUAUCACAUAGCGAGCAAAGUAGCAAUAGCGGAGAACCUCUCAACAAGCAGUCUACAAGUGAUAUAGAUGAGAAAGCACCUUGCACAAAAUCGAUGUGCAUUGAACCAAGUGAUGGUCUAGCAUCAACCAUUUCCCAGCACUCUUGUAUUGAAUCUGGUGGGUCAGUUGAAAAGGAUGUGGAAACUGAAAUGCCUUCAGCAAAUGUUGAGACCAAGGAAGCAGCAGUAUGUAGUGAUAAUGGAGUUUCUAAAAUGGACUUGGAUAAACAAAAUGUAUAAACCUA